AUUAAUUUCACCAAAUCACGUACUCCUAUAUAUUCGCAGCUUCCAAAUUGCAAUCUCACUUCAAAUUUUUGUGUCUUCAUUAGAUUAUAAUAUUACCAAAACAGAGGUCCUUUACAAAAAUAUCGCAAAUUUUAAUUAGUCGCAACAAAAUUUGUUUGGUAAUUACAGUUAGGUACACCAAAUUUUCACCAUCUCCAUCUCAAUACCAUACUUUUCCUUUUGUUAAUGUUUUUGAAUACAUUGCCAAAUACUUGGCCUUCACUACUUCGUCUUCCGCUUCUCUAACCACCGCCUCUCUCAUAGAAAUCUCAUCUUCCCCUCUAUUCCUCCAUCGCUGCUUGUUCGUCGAGUAAAAAAAACGGUCCUGCGGCAAAGUGUGUAGCUCUAGCUGUUUGAAGCUAAAGUGAGUGUGGAGCCUGUUUAAGUUUAACCAUGAAUAUGCCGCUGUUGGAUAUUGAGCCACGAACUUUGAAAUUUGCAGUUGAUCUGAAGAAGCAGAGUACCUGCGUGGUACAGCUGACCAAUACUACCAAUCUUUUUGUUGCAUUUAAGGUCAAAACUACAUCACCAAAGAAGUACUGUGUCCGUCCAAAUGUUGGCGUUGUUGCACCAAAGUCAUCCUGUGAAUUCUCCGUCAUUAUGCAAGCUUUCAAAGAACCACCUCCAGAUAUGGUUUGCAAAGACAAAUUCUUAAUCCAGAGUACCGCUGUACCUCCGGAAACAACUGAUGAAGACAUCACAGCUAGCAUGUUCUCCAAAGCGGAAGGCAAACACAUAGAGGAAAACAAACUGAGAGUCACUCUCGUGUUGUCCUCUGACUCACCUGAACUAUCUCCAGUUAAAGGGACACUGAAGCAGGAAGCAGUAUUUGAAGAUUCCAUCCUCAAGGAUCAAGUAUAUGGUCAAUCAGAGACACUUCGUCCUCCCCAAUAUGAGAGUGAGAUUGUCAAGGAACCUAGGAUGGUUGGACAUGAUGAGUUAAAGGCACCCUUUGAUGCGAAGGAGUUAAAGCAACCAAAAAAGGGCGUUGUGGAUUUUAUUGAAGAUUUGAAUCCUGCUAAUGACUUAAAGGCAACUAAAGGUGGCUACAAUACAUUGGACAUGGUAAAAGAAGCUGAAUUCAAUCGUAUUAAGUCUCAUAAGGAUGCAGAUGAUGGAAGGGGGAUAAAGCCAACACAUAAUUCGGAUACUCCCACGAAUAUGGCCAUGGAUAUUUCGGGGGAUCAAGGGUUUGCUAAUGGAAAAGCUUCGGCCAAGAGUGUGACCUAUUCUGAUGAACCAAAGAUACAUAAGGAUAGAGACGUUGUCCAGAUGCAGCAAACAGAUUCUCAGAAUAUCAAACCAUUGGAUGAGUAUAAGUUGGUUAAAGACAUUGAGGAGAUGAAGUUGAAAGUCAAUGCUCUUGAAUCCAAGCUUAAACAGGCUGAUUCAACCAUUUCGAAGCUAAUGGAGGAGCGAUCUAUAAGCUUCCAACAUAGAGAAACCUUGCAACAAGAGCUGGCGGAACUAAGGACGAAGAAGAUAGUGAAAGAAGUGCACAUUGGGUUCCCUCUGCUGUUUGUAUGCGUGGUGGCAUUCAUCAGCAUUGUUAUCGGGUAUUGUCUGCGCACUUGACUGCUCAGCCUCUCUCUCUCGGUCACACAUAUCUUUUAUAUCUCUUGUUAGCAAGUGUGCAGUCAGAAAAUAUAGACAAAGGAAGGAAAAUUAAAAGUUUGUCUCGUCUUGGUUCUCUUUUGUGGGAAAGGGUAUGAUACUUUUAAGAUGGAUUAUUAUAGACUGUAUAGCGUUGGGUGUUUAGUUAAUACAACGUGACAUAUAUGGUAUGAAUGAUGAUUAUGCUUUGUUUCUUCCUUCUCUGCUCUUGUUUAGUGUUCCGGUUAUUUCCUUGGUUCAUUAUUUUAAAUCUUCGGUUUAGUGAAUUUUAACUUGACUGGUUCGCU